CGACCGGUACGCCGGUGAAACUACCGCUCCCAUCGCCGCGCUGAAGUCGAAUCCCCACAGCCCCCGGCUCCGACACGGUCACUCCGCCUCACCUCACCACGAGCCCCCUCGAUAUCUCCUCCUCCAGCCCCUCUGCUCUUCUCGCCUCCAUCCCCAGAAGACCCCCUGAUUCGGCGAGGUUCCAAUUCGGCCGGCGACUCGGAUCUCGGCGCGGGGUUGCAGCGGUGAUCCCUCAGGACUCGCAAGCCAUGGCCGCCGCCGAUCCCGCCGUCGCCACCUCCACCUGCGCGCACUGUAACCGAGAGGUUCCGUCUCCCAACAUCGCGCUGCAUUCUGCACACUGCGCUCGCAACCUUCACUUGAAGUGUGAGCAUUGUGGAGAUAUGGUCCCAAGGAAGCACAUGGAUAAGCACUAUGAUGAUAACCAUGCUCCGGUGAAUUGCCCACGCUGCGAACAAACUGUGGAGCAUGAGCUGUGGGAUCUUCAUAAACGCUUACAGUGCCCACAAAGGAUGCUUGCGUGCCAGUAUUGCAAGUUUGAACUACCUGCAGCUGACAUUUUUGAGCAUCAGGAUGUAUGUGGAAAUCGAACAAAAUAUUGUCAACCUUGCAACAAGGACAUCAGACUUCGAGAAUGGAUUGGACACGAGCUCCUACUCCAUUCAAAAACAAAUGCCGCUGCAGAAUCUUCAAGAUCCAUGCUGGAAAAAGAAGAGGGUGGUCGUCACAAGCAAGCACGCCCCGCUUUUGGUUUGAAACACAAGCAACUGCUCCUCACAAUUGCAAUAACCGGACUUGCUGUACUGAUUGGAUCCAUUCUGUUCCAAAGAAGGAUUGGAAGUUCCGAAGCCUUGUAAAGUUGUAAUGAUGUUCACCGCAGGAAUGUAGAUCAAUUUUUUUUGUGCCUUCUAAAUCUUAAUGCACAAGUUCUUCCAUAAUCAAUAGCAGAGCUUAUUCCUUGAGUAAUGUUCAGAACAAAAACCAUGUAGAAUAUCAGAAAUCACCGGAUCGAGAAAUGUGCUGUGCCUCACAAUAGUAUGCCAAUAUGAUACUUCCUGAUGGCAAUAAAGUAUUACAGAUUACCUUACAAGGGUUCA